AUGGACCUCGGACACGAGAAAGGUUCUGUCUGUACCUGUCACCCCGUGUCCUACAACAGUAACACACUGGAGAGACUUCUAGUUCACGGACCAGAGGCAUACAACUCCUAUUACAACAGUCACAGACAACCAUCACCUUAUAAUAAGGUAGCAAUGGACCACAUACAGGGUUUAAGUCAUGUUGGACAUAACAAUAGACACAACACAACACUUCAGAGUGUUUUGUUGGGACAGGUGCCUGCUGAAUACUCUCAUUUGGCUUCCAGUCAAAAUUCCAUACGGGAUGUGCUGUCUCCGAACAUACCUCAUCAAAGCAACACCUCAAACAAUGUCUCAACUUUAAGGAUUCCAAACUACCAUGACAACGCAUUGCCGUCAUCAUCACCACGUCAUAUUCCGUCUCCACAUGUUAUGGCGUCAUCACCCCAUUCGCCUUCGCCACGUCAUAUCUCUUCUUCGCCUCAUUGUCGGCUUUCCCCGGCACAUAUGACGCCACCCAGACAUGUUUCGUCGCCACUAUCAUCGCAAUAUCAUGUACCGUCACCCUUUUCAACAAAUUCCGCCUCUUCACCAUUCAACCCAUCCGAAUCUUGCCAAGACGAACCCAUAGAUCUGUCAUGCAAAGGAUCCAAUACCGAUGACAGUGACAGUGUCAUGUCUGAAUCUCCAAAAUCGGAUGCUGGAUCAUCUCUGUUAAGGAACCUCCUAUGUAUUGGCAAGAACUUGGACACAGACGAACGUUGUCCUAGCAACAGCAUGGAUUUUGAUCCUUCAAUAACAGCUAUUUCGAGCAAUACACGCGUAACAUUAGCCAAGAAAAACAUGUUACCGGUUAGUUCACGGGUCUCAGACUGGUUAGUGAAAAUAGUUCAAUUCUCAAAGUCCAUUCCUGAAUUUCAGAAUUUAUCACAUAAUGACAAAGUCACAUUGAUUCUGAACUCCUGGACAAGAUUACUUUUGCUGUACAUGUCUGAGAGCAACUUCCAGUUCGCUGUCACCCCGAAACACAACUAUGGAAGUUCUGAAGAGGAGACACCUUCCUCUACUCCCAGCCCAGACACCCCCACUAUGAAAUCGGUGGAAAGUGUGCAGAACUUUGUUAAGAAAUGUCAAAAUAUGAACCUUGACCAGAAAGAAUAUGCAUUCCUAAGAAUGGCCGUCCUUUUCAAUGCAGGUUAUGUUGGACUGGACAGACCGGAUAUGGUUGACCAACUGAAUUCCCUGAUACAGCAGCUUUUGCAGGAACACGUCCGAUUGGUCCGACCAACUGACGUCAUGCAUUACUCGCGCUUGUUGUUGCUGCUCCCUGCCUUAUAUGGUAUUAACUGUAAAAUGAUUGAAAAUCUCUUCUGUGGUCACAUUAACGGAAACAUGGACAUGGAAGUUUUGUUGAAGGAGAUGAUACAAAAUUUGUGAUUGGUGGGAAAUAGAAACACAAACUCUGAUUGGAUAAACAGCCAUGGUACAAUAUUUGUGAUUGGAGGAAAAUAUGAAAUAAACGCUUUCUGAUUGCACAAAUAUCCAUGGUUCACAACUGAUUGUUGGACAAAGAGAUGUGUUUUAGUUCAUGAAAGCAGUCCAGUUAGAACACUAGAGGAGGACUUUGUUUUAAAAACAUGUCUCAAGCUGCUGAAAAGCGAUGUUAGGUAAUUGAAAUGGACAUAUAUUGCCAUAUGACAAAAGUCCUAUUUAAUACGAUGUAUUAAUCUCAGCUAUGAGGCCAAAUACAAAAUAAUGUGUGUUUCAGGUUUUCCCUAAGUGUUUUCUUGCCUUCUUAAUGUGUUUAAGGGUAAUGUUGAAUAAACACCGUUAAAUAUCAUCUCAAUUCUAUACCAUCAACGAAAAAAUCUAUUUUAUAAAACAAGAUCUUUUUCCCAUCCUAUCAUCUCAUGCUUGCACGGAAACCUGAAAUUCAUUUUUACUUUUGUUUGGUCAUGUGACUUCUUAUGAAUACUUAACUAGUGCUGGCAACUAGCCUCAUUGUGCGGUCAUUCCAGUCUGAUAUUUUCUUAAUUUACCUCAGUGUGUUUUUUAAAUUAUUAUUAUUAUUAUUUGUAUUGUGCUAAAAGACCAUAUCAAAAAACAACAUUCUAUUAUAUAUAAUGCCAACACCCCAUUUAAUAUGUCAUAUCAACAGUGUAAAAGUGUAUAAUAUGCAAUCUAUUUCAAUGACAACAAAGGACGCAUUCAAAUAUAGAUAAAAGAACAAUACAAAAGACAGCUUGAUUUGCAUCAGUCACAUGACAUGAUUUAAUCCAGACUAUUGAAACCGACUUUCGACCACAACAUUGGUAUUCCUAUCUUGCCGUAUCUACAAUACAGUAGAAAUUUGCAAUCAUUAAGGCGAUGAUCUUAAUAUAGUAGGUACAUUUAAAAUCCUGACUAUCUUGGGAUUGGUAGAUUUGUAUAUUUACAUAGUCUAAAUUAUAUUUUCAACGUAGUAAUUUAUUGCUUUCAUUUCUAGCCUAUAUUCGUUAUUUUUCUAUUUUCUAGUUUGUACAUAAUUUAAAGCCAACGUAUUUCGAGGAAGGGGCAAUGAAUAUAACCAUUUAGUUUAUUUGUAAAAGACAACACUAUAAGUAUAUCAAAGUAUCUAUAUUAUUUUAUGAAUAAGUUGGAAGCCUUUUACCCAAUGACAAAAAAAAAAGAAUUACAAAAUAUUAUCGAGUUUAUUUUUUUCGUAAUCAUCCAUUGGAAAAAUAUUAACAAAAGAUUUCAUACGAUUAAAAAACUUAAUGUUUUAUCAUAAAAAACACCAAAGUAUUGGUAUAUGUAUAACUAUUAUUUAUAGCAAUCAAAAUAUUUCUUCCAGUGCAAAAUGCCCCUUUUUCUGCCACUAGCUACAGUCCACUAUAUAAAAUUUGUGGGAGUCUAAAUGUCCUGUCUGUCUUUAAUACGGUUUAUAUAAAGGCCACUGAUACCGGUGAUCACAAACGCGUGAUAUGUAUCGUUAUUUUGCUGUCAGUGUGAAAAAAAUGUGUCAUUGUAUGGAUGAGGUUUGAACAAUAGUGAUUAUUUAUGUAUGGCGUCUGCAACAUUUUCCAUUUAUGAUAAAGUUCCCUGUUUAAAUAAAACAUUAAAAUAUGUAAAGAAAUAGAACAAGGGUUUUUUGCUGACAUAAAUGAAUAGAAAAUGUGUAUUUACUUCAAGAUUUAUCUUUCUAAUUUUUACAUAUUUGCUUACAAACUGAAAAAUAUGUUUCAAAAUUGGUCAUUUUCAUGUUUGUCUGUAUGGGUAAAUACAGUUCCUAUUGACUAUGGUUUCAAUAGGUGUAUAUACCAACAAUUACUGAUAUGACGUCAUUGAGUGUGUAUUGUACCAAUUUGCGCAAUUCACCAAUCAGAUUUGCCGUAAUAUUUAACAUGAGAGAAAGGAAUGAGACUGAAAGGAUCGAUGUCGUAUAUAGUGUGCUUAUAUGUCAUCUUUGUAGAAAUCACAUUCUAUUUUAUUUAUUUUCAUGUCAAAAUAAAAGACCAUUCAGAUUUA